AUUAAGUCCACCUUCUGACCCUAGCCCCUUCCCCAACCGCCUCACCAUCACCCGGAACACAAGCCGUCCAAAUUUAGCCGUGCCGCCGCUCCCCUGCCACCUCGCCGCCGCAUCGCCGAACGCAGAUCUCAACCCCUAGCAUCAAGACCUGCGACAACCAAGCAGAUUUCAAUGACCGGAUGUGAGUUCAGUGAUGGAGGAGUGAUGAAGAUCAAUCGAUCGAUCCUUGCUCUGAGUUGGAAGAUGGAGGAUGAUGGAGAUCGAUCGAUCCUUGUCAUUGGUUGGACGAUGGAGAUUGAAGGAUCCUUCUUCCCAGCAGUGUUCGAUUUGUUGAUGGGGAGAGAAGCUGUCUUCCAUGGGUUUCGUGCGCAGAACGACAGAAGGAGAAAAAGGCGAAUUGAAGAAGCGGGUGUUUUUUAGAGAUGCGGAAGUUUUUUUAGAAGAGAAGCCGUAAAUCAGUCACUUUUUUGUCAAAAUCUAAUUCAGUCAAGUUUUUGUGUUAUGAAAGGUGUGAGAAGUUCAGGACGUCGCUGCCUCCCCAGCCGGUCCAACACCACAGCUUAGCAGUGCCUCCCCGCUUACAAACUCCAAGUUUCUGAUAUCAUCUACUCUGAUUUGUCACCAUGUCACGUAUAUGCGUGAAGAACUUGCCUGCAUAUGUAUCCAAGGAUCGCUUGAGAGAACACUUCUCCCUGAAAGGCGAAAUUACCGACAUCAAGCUCAUUCAUACUAAAGAUGGGAAGAGCAGACAGGUUGGAUAUGUAGGGUAUAGGACAGAUCAAGAAGCCGGAGAAGCCCUUAAGUACUUCGACAAGUCUUUUAUGGACACAUGCAGAAUUAGUUGCGAGAUUGCUCAAAAAGUUGGGGAUCCAAAAAUCUCACGCCCAUGGAGUAGGUACUCCCUGAAAAAACAUGAAAGUUUAUCAAAAAGAAAGAUAUCAAUGGGCAGUGAAGGUUCUAAAGGUGCACAAGCACAUGGAGGGACCAGUAAGGCUAAGAAGAAGGAUGUGUUAAAUGAUAACCCUGAGUUUCAAGAGUUUCUCCAAGUCAUGCAAUCACGUAAGAAGUCAAAGUUAUGGGCAAAUGAUUCUCUCGCAUUUACUUCUUUAGACAGCAAGCAUGAUCCUGCAAAGGAUACACUCACAGUGGAAGCUAAAGUUGAUGGGUCUACUGAAGAGUUUAGUACAGAAUAUGAGAAGGAAGAAAUUCUUAAGAUUGGCCGUCUUGUCAUAAAAAAUCUGCCUUAUGUUGCCACUGAAGAGGAGACGGAAAAACACUUCAGCAGAUUUGGUGAUAUCACACAUUUCCAUCUUGUUAUUGAUAAAGAAACAAAACAGUCUAAAGGCAAAGCAUUUGUGGUUUACAGUCUUCCAGAAUCUGCUGUCAGGGCUUUUGAAGAGCUGAACAAAACAAGUUUUCAGGGGAGAAUAUUAUACAUCAGGCCUGCAAAAGAAAACAAUAUUUUAAAGACUAAUAAUUUUACUCAACAUUACUCGUCAAAGACAUUUAAACAACUAAGAAAUGAGGAAAGGAAAGCAUCUGAAACAAAUGGAGAUAGACGAGGAUGGAAUAGUUUGUUCAUGCGAACAGACACAGUUGUUGAAAGUAUUGCGCGGAAACUUGGUGUUAGUAAAACUGAAUUACUAGAUGGAGAAGCUAAUGAUCUUGCAGUUCGUACUUCACUCGGAGAAACUAAAGUAAUUGAAGACACAAAAAGGGCUCUUUCCGAUGCUGGAAUUGAUGUUGCCUUAUUAGAGGUUUCAUGUGGGAAGAAUAAUAAUGCUUUGAAGAAAAGUCGUGUCAUAUUGGUGAAAAACUUGCCAUAUUGUUCAUCAGAAUCUGAACUGGCUGAAAUGUUCGGAAAAUUUGGCAAUUUGGAGAAAGUGGUCCUUCCGUCUACACACACCCUGGCCUUGGUAAUCUUUGUGGAAACUGUUGAUGCUCAUGCAUGCUUUAAUGCUCUACGAUACAAGUGUUACAAGGGAGCUCCAUUGUAUUUGGAAUUGGUACCCGAGUGUAUUCUAAAUAAAACUACUCUGAUUCCUGGAGGUGAUUCAAGUAAUAAUUCCGUUAUGGUUGAUCGAGACUCCAAUAGAGUUUUGUUGAAUCAGCAAGUGAAAGAAGAUAUGACAGAUUUGGAUGUUGAUCAUGACAAAAUUGAGUCUCGUUCAGUUUAUGUUAAGAACCUGAACUUCAGAACAUCAGAUGAUGAAUUGAAAAAGCAUUUCACAGAUCGCAUGACGGAAGGAAGAAUACUUAGUGUCACGAUAAAGAAGCAUAUCAAAGAUGGAAAAAUUGUAUCAAUGGGAUUCGGGUUCAUAGAAUUUGAUUCUGUUGAUACCGCAUUGAAAAUCUGCAAAUAUAUGCAGGGUACUGUGUUGGACCAACAUGCCCUCACAUUGCAAUUAUGCCAAGCUAAAAAGGAUGAACUUAAUGGACACAAAAAAUUUGGACGUGUGAAGGGUUCAAAAAAAUUGAUUGUAAAGAAUGUUGCUUUUGAAUCAACUGAGAAAGAUCUUAGACAGCUAUUCAGUUCAUUUGGUCAGGUGAAGCGUUUGAGGCUGCCAAAGAGGUUUGGAAAUGGGAAUCACAGAGGUUUCGCCUUUGUGGAGUAUGUAACUGAUAAAGAAGCUGCAGAUGCCCUUCAAGCCCUUUCGAAUACCCAUUUAUAUGGCCGCCAUCUGGGCGACAGAUAAAUGCUUAAUAUCAGGAAUCGAAUUCAGAGCUUCUUGGAAUGUGCAUUGUAUCUUUUUAUUUGGACUUGGUAUGGAUAAGGCAUCAAUAAAACUUUUCUGCUAGUAGAUGAGCUGGGAGCUAAUUUCUGGACAGAAGAAUGCAAUGUGCUGCAAUGAAAGCACAUUGCUAUCCCAUUACUGUAUGCUGCAUCUACAUUAAGUUUUAGUGCAUUGAAAUCUCUCAGAAUCCCACCUGCUAUUGCUAUCCCAUUAUUGUAUGCUGCAUCUAUAUUAAGUUUUAGUGCACAAGGGGGUGGUUUGGUGCAGUGAUUAUAUGCUGCCCUGGAAGUGAUUAAAGCUGAUUUAAAGCCUUAAUGGCAGAGCUUUUGUGCUUUAUCAUGUAGUACUGUGUCAUUUAAGCUUAGGCUCCAUGUUUGUAAUUCUGCUUUUAUAGAUCUAACUAUAGUUGCGCUAUUCUGAGCUUUAUGAUCAUAUUGAAAGGCAUUAUUUGCCUUCCGAAUAUACGAAGUAUUAUCCAGCUAGAAUUUCUAUUAAAGAAUUGUAAGGACUUACACAUGGUUAAGCUAAGCCAAGAUUUUAAAGCGUGCUUGCUAUGAAUUUCUAUAAAUUAUUGACAAUCAUAUUCUAUUUUUAUAUGCCCAUUAAAUAUAGAUGCAACGGGUAUGUUUAUUCAAUGGACUGUUAUGUUCUGAUGGCUUAAACUUUAAAGAGUUUCAUAUAUAGAACUUCCUUUGCUAUUUUUUUUUGCUAUUCUGUGUGUUCAUUGCUGUAUUUAAAGAGGAUGUUUGGUUUUCAGGUCAUUGAGAUUGCCAAAGAAGGCGAGAGCUUGGAGGAACUGCAGGCUCGAACAGCUCGCCAGUUUGCACAGGAUCCCCUUAAUCCAUCAAAAAAGAGGAAGAAUUCUACCUUAUUAGACAACAAUGGAAAUUAAUUAUGAUUUAAAUAUACAAGUAGUUUAUUUUUCAUUCUUUAUUAUUUUAUUCUAUUUUUCAUUCUUUUAAUUUUUAUAUUUUUCCUGGUUUAUCUUUAAAACUUUCAUGUAGCUAAAGCACCAAUUUUUUUAUUCAAAAUGAAUAAAUAGUGUCCCACUUUUAUUUAAUCAAAG